AUGAGUCUCCUCUACGACAAGGUGGUCACUCUCAUCAACAAACCACCGGAGGAGAGAAGCGACAAUGAGAUCACACAGAUUCUCCCCUGGUUCACCAAGAAGUCCGACCUCUUUCAGUCUCUGCACACAGAUAUUGUCCGAGACAUUGUCAAGAACUGCAAGUUCGAGGUCAUCAAAAAGGACACGGUCAUCAUCCGACAAAUGGACAAAGGAGACUGCUUCUACAUCAUCCUGAGUGGUAAGGUCUCCAUCCACAUCAACACGACACUGACCGAGGAGGAGUACGAAUCGGUGAAAGAAACCCAACUUGCCGAGGAGGCCGCCUGGGCCAAGGACACCACCGGAAGGCCACUGGACAGGUCAAAGUACGGCAUUUACGUGGGGAAAAUUGAUGCUGGUAAGAGUUUUGGUGAACUUGCCCUCAUUAACGCCGACUGCGUCAGGAACGCCACGAUUAUCGCUGAUGAGACCACUGACCUACUUUGUGUGGACAGGGAUCUGUAUAACAGAUCACUGAGAGCCUUUCAGGCACAAGAGUUCGAACAGAGAAAAGAGUUUGUCCGCCAUUUCCGCAUGUUCCAGAACUGGGCGCCCCGCUACAAGAAAAUGAUGACCUUUAGCCUGAAGAAGCAGACGUUGAAGUUUGAAGACACUAUCGUCAAACAGGGCAGCCCCGUAGAUGGCAUCUAUUUUAUCAUCAAAGGUCAGGUAAAAAUCAGAGUGGAUCCAAAUCAGCACCCCAACCAGUACCCUCACCUAUACCCACUCGGGGAUAUUGCCGAUCUAGAGAAGGAGAAAGCCCGUGAGAUGCUCCGUCAAGAGAUGAACCUGGAGAGACAGAAAACAUCGGACAAGCGAUCCAUUUACCACAAGAGAACUAUACCACAAGCAGACGUGAAGAAAUCCCCCCACAAAUCACUAGAGCUUUGUCUGGCGGGGUCUACCGAUGUCAUAGGCGACCUAGAAGUGGCAAUGGGCUUAAAUUCGUAUUCCCAGACAGUAGAGUGUACAGAAGAAUCGACAAUUUACCAUUUAGACCAGAGAAACUACGACCGACUCAUCGAGAAGCGAAAUCCCCAAGCUCUGGAGAUGCUGAAGGACAUAGUACACACGAAAUUGACCUUACAUUUCUCCCGUCUGCACGACGAGGUUAUCCCCCUGUACAGAUAUUUUCUGUACACAAUGGAUGAAAAGGAAAAGGAUGCAAGACGCCUAGCUAGCAUGCCACGAACAAAACCAAUGCACGAAUCAGUAAUCAGUAUAGCAAACCUACAGAAAGGACCUUUGGUGGAUAUGUACGGCCCAGGUACUGUGUUCUACUUAAUUCGUAAACGCGCAAAGGAAAUUAAGGUCAGGCAACAGAAGCGGUCCAACUAUACAACCAAUCCUUUCCAGUUGAAUUCAGCAAACAAGACCACAAGAGCGGCGCCCUUGCCAGGGGUGUCUAGAGGAAUUUUAAACAGCCGGGCUUUUAACGCUAACAUCUACAAAAGUGAUGGGGAUGAAGAUGACCAAGGGUCAACCACGGCCUCUAUGAUCAACUUGUAUGGUGGCCAGCAAGGUGGGGACUUCAUCAGCGCUUUAGAAGCUGGUGAGUAUGUUAACGGAAACAGAAUGACUGCUUUGGGUGGUGAUAGCGCCGACGCCAAUGACCUAGAUUCUACAGACGGUAACGACUGGGUGAGCAGUAACUUGGCCCUCGACGAGCUGGAGGGGAGACUAACCCAGUGGCACCAGAACCUGCCCACGAUUCACAGAGGCACUUGUGUGGUACCUUUGCAUCGGUACCAAGUGGAGGACGAAAGCAAACCUCGACCCGGAAACAAAGUCUAUGUCAAGAUCAGGUCGCCCACGAGAAAUGUUUCAUUCGUAACUUUCCACAACACAACCGACGUGACCCCAAGCUCAGAAGAGAUGCUCAAGUUAUCAGCUUCGAGAUUACAGUUUAGCAGCAUCCCGCUGCUAGAAUCAAUUACUGAUAACCACAUUGAUGUCAGGUCUGAAACUGCAG